CAUAGAAGGAAAAUUGUUUGCUGAAUUUCUGCACAGCCCUCCUUCCAAUUGCUGGAGAGAGAGGGGGAGUGAGAGAGAGUUUAAGGCAGGCUCUGCACUGGUGUUCUGGGCUAUUUCAACUUCAGGGCAACUUUAGAGAACUUCAGUUAUUUUUGGUUCUGGACGACAGCUGAGACCUGCCGAGCCUCCGGGAGAUGCUGAUGCAGAUGCAGAUGCAGAUGCAGAGGACGAAGAUUCUGUUAAUGAAGUGGCAGUAGAAGACAUCCGUCCAAGGCCACAAGGAUCCUCUCCAGUUUAUGAAUAUUCCAUAGAAGAAGAAUAUUUAAAGCUUCAAGAAGAAAACAAAAAAUAUUCUACAGACAAAUCAAAACAGAGUCAUCCACAGGAGACAAUGGAAGUGACCCUGAAAACAGAAGUGGAAACUGGUGCUAGUGGUUUUAGUGUGACGGGUGGAGGAAAUGAAGGAAUAUAUAUCAAAAAAGUACUUAAGGAAUCUCCUGCUUCAAAAAUAUUUAGUCUGAGAGAAGGUGAUCAGCUGCUAAGUGCCACAAUAUUUUUUGAUAAUAUCAAAUAUGAAGAUGCACUCAAGAUUCUCCAAUAUGCCGAACCAUACAGAGUCCAGUUCAGUCUCAAAAGAAAAAUUGCUGGGAAAGAAGAGCUAGAACACAUUCACUCUGCAGCCCAGUAUAAAAAGGAAAGAUUAAGCCAGGAAAAAGAACUCAGUGAGAGCAUUCCUGAAGAAACAUUGCAUGUUUCAGGAAAAGCUAUUUCAGAAGAAGACAGGGAAACAUUAAUUGUAAGCCAAAGGGUAGGAAGAAGCAAGAGACCUAAAAAAGAUAGAUUAUCAUGGCCAAAAUUCCAGUCAAUUAAAAACAAAAAAAUACUGGGGCACAGAAGAUCUCAUAGUACAUCAGAUGCAUAUGAGUCUGCUAUACAGGAUAUUUCCCCUACAAGCACAGACACAGAGUCUCAAUUUCAACAAGAUGUCCGUAUCAAAGAAAAGAAAGGAAGCCAAAAGAAACUGAAGUUCCCUAGCAUUGGAUUCAAAAUGCACAGACCCAAACCAGAAACGCAAGACAAGCAAAAAAAAGAAAUAAAAACAACACUGUUAUCUGAAAGAGAAAAAGUACAUAAAGAAGAUACCAGCCUGGAACCCCCCGAAAUACUGACUGUUGAAUAUACCACAUCUCCUGCCUAUGAAAUUAAAACAGGGGAGGUACACGAAACUUUAACAAAAGACUUAAAAGAUAUGAAAAAUGGCAUUCCAUCUCAUGUUAAAAAAUGCCCUGAAGUUGAAAUAAGCAUCAAAAAAGAAAAAGACAAGGAAUCAACAUCAAAAUUUACUGUACCUGAAGUACCAGCUAUAACAACACAGAUAGCAAAGCCCGGUUUAGAAACGCCUGAUCUGAAAGAAAGCCCAAUUAAACAAACAACACAAGCCUCAUCAAAAUCCCGAAAAAAGAAACAGAAAGGAACAGCAGUUAAAACAGAAAGAGAAACAGGAAUUAAAAUAGACAUGGUGGGUCCCACAGUGCAAGGAUCUAUACAGGUAAAAGGUCUAGAAAUAGGCACCGCUAAAGCAGAAUUACACACAACAUCUGACACACUGGAAACAGGAGAAAAACAAGCAAAAGACGACACACAAAUAUUAACAAUUCAAAAAACAAAAUUUGGGAUUUCAAUGCCCAAAAGAAAAGAGACAGGGACUGAAAACACCAAACUGGGAAGUGAUAUUCCACCUUCAGUACCAGAAAAAACAGCUGAUACAAGUUCAAAGGACGUCAGGAAUUUGGAUGUGAAACCUCACACGUCAGAUGCAGAAUCAGAAGUAUCUACUUGGAAAAUGCAAAUGCCAUCAUUCAAAAUGGCCAAAACACCUAAAACUGAUGUGAAAAUAACAGGAGAAGAAAGCACAGCUGAAUCAGUAGAAACUGUAAAAAAAGCAGAGACAGAAGAAGAUGGAAUGCCCACAAGUGACAAAACCUUGAAGGUAGGCGUUGGUAUUAAGACAGGAGAAAAGGAUAUAGAGGGAAAAGAAGGAAAAUUUAGACUGCCAAAGUUUAAAUUACCAACCUUUACCUGGGCAACCACAAAGGACGAGACAGGGCAAACUGAAAUGCCGGUAAGCGACCGAGAAGGAAGAAUACAGUUCCUAGACAGAGAUGCAAGAGAAAAGAUGACCGCAUCAAAGGAAAUUAAUAUUGCAACUGGUGAAAGGGAAAAUGAGUUCUCAAAAGUAAAAAUAGAUGACACAGGUAGCAGCGCCCUCAGCAUCGCGGCCCCCGACAUCAAGCUGCCCUCCGUCGAAGGCUCCCUCGAGCUCCAGGCCCCCGAGAUAGACCUCAAAGCGCCCUCUGCCGAAGGCUCGCUUGACGGAGCCGAGCUGGAAGCCGCGGGCCUGAAAGGGAAGUUUAAGAUGCCCAAGUUCGACAAGCCCAAAUUCGGAGUGUCGCCUCCCAAGGCGGAAGGGGUGGAAGGGGAGGUCAGCCUGCCCACCGCAGAGGUCGACCUGCCCUCCGCCACGGUGACGGCCGCAGGGGAGGGCCCCGCGCUGGGCCUCAAAGCUGACGUCCCCAGCGCCAAAACCGAAGGGGCCGGCUGGAAGGUGGAGAAGCCCUCCCUCAAAAUGCCCAAAGCUGACAUCAAGGCUCCCAAGGUGGACAUCAGCCUCCCGUCCGUCGACGUCACCCUUCCAAAGGCCAGCGUCGACCUGCAGGCGCCCGAGGCGGCCCUCGCCCUCGAAGGGGAAGCAAAGGCCCCAGAGAAGGAGGCCGCGAAGACCAAGGACGGCAAGUUCAAGAUGCCCAAGUUCGGCAUGCCUUCCUUUGGCUGGUCCAGCAGCAGAGAGGCCAAGGGCACCGUGGCCGCUGAUGUGGACGUCAGCCUCAAGGAGCCCCAAGUGACGGUGCCCUCGGGAGCCGCCGAAGUCGACGUGACCCUGCCCGCGGCCGACAUCCAAGCGCCCGGCGUGGAGCUGACCGUCGAGGCGGCCGCCGGAGGAGACGGCGAGAAAGGUCGAUUCAAGAUGCCCGACGUCAAGAUGCCCAGCGUCAAGCUGCCCAAAGUCAAAGCUCCCCACGUGCAGGUCAGCCUGCCAAAGGCGGAGGUCUCGCUGCCCAAAGCCCAGGCCGAAGUCCAGGAGGGCGAAGUCGCCCUGCAGGGCCCCGACGCCGAAGGCGGCCUGGAGGUGGCUGCCGGCAAAGUCGAGGGCGGUGGCAUGAAAAUACACAUGCCGAAAGUCAAGGUGCCCAGCGUGGUCUUCUCCAAGCCGACCGUCAAGGCUCCCAAACUGGACGCAGACGUCAGCCUGCACAAAGCCGACGCCAGCCUCCCAGAAGCAGACCUCAAGGCGGGCGCCGGCGCCCUCAGCAUCGCGGCCCCCGACAUCAAGCUGCCCCCCGCCGAAGGCUCCCUCGAGCUCCAGGCCCCCGAGAUAGACCUCAAAGCGCCCUCUGCCGAAGGCUCGCUUGAUGGAGCCGAGCUGGAAGCCGCGGGCCUGAAAGGGAAGUUUAAGAUGCCCAAGUUCGACAAGCCCAAAUUCGGAGUGUCGCCUCCCAAGGCGGAAGGGGUGGAAGGGGAGGUCAGCCUGCCCACCGCAGAGGUCGACCUGCCCUCCGCCACGGUGACGGCCGCAGGGGAGGGCCCCGCGCUGGGCCUCAAAGCUGACGUCCCCGGCGCCAAAACCGAAGGGGCCGGCUGGAAGGUGGAGAAGCCCUCCCUCAAAAUGCCCAAAGCUGACAUCAAGGCUCCCAAGGUGGACAUCAGCCUCCCGUCCGUCGACGUCACCCUUCCAAAGGCCAGCGUCGACCUGCAGGCGCCCGAGGCGGCCCUCGCCCUCGAAGGGGAAGCAAAGGCCCCAGAGAAGGAGGCCGCGAAGACCAAGGACGGCAAGUUCAAGAUGCCCAAGUUCGGCAUGCCUUCCUUUGGCUGGUCCAGCAGCAGAGAGGCCAAGGGCACCGUGGCCGCUGAUGUGGACGUCAGCCUCAAGGAGCCCCAAGUGACGGUGCCCUCGGGAGCCGCCGAAGUCGACGUGACCCCGCCCGCGGCCGACAUCCAAGCGCCCGGCGUGGAGCUGACCGUCGAGGCGGCCGCUGGAGGAGACGGCGAGAAAGGUCGAUUCAAGAUGCCCGACGUCAAGAUGCCCAGCGUCAAGCUGCCCAAAGUCAAAGCUCCCCACGUGCAGGUCAGCCUGCCAAAGGCGGAGGUCUCGCUGCCCAAAGCCCAGGCCGAAGUCCAGGAGGGCGAAGUCGCCCUGCAGGGUCCCGACGCCGAAGGCGGCCUGGAGGUGGCUGCCGGCAAAGUCGAGGGCGGUGGCAUGAAAAUACACAUGCCGAAAGUCAAGGUGCCCAGCGUGGUCUUCUCCAAGCCGACCGUCAAGGCUCCCAAACUGGACGCAGACGUCAGCCUGCACAAAGCCGACGCCAGCCUCCCAGAAGCAGACCUCAAGGCGGGCGCCGGCGCCCUCAGCAUCGCGGCCCCCGACAUCAAGCUGCCCCCCGCCGAAGGCUCCCUCGAGCUCCAGGCCCCCGAGAUAGACCUCAAAGCGCCCUCUGCCGAAGGCUCGCUUGAUGGAGCCGAGCUGGAAGCCGCGGGCCUGAAAGGGAAGUUUAAGAUGCCCAAGUUCGACAAGCCCAAAUUCGGAGUGUCGCCUCCCAAGGCGGAAGGGGUGGAAGGGGAGGUCAGCCUGCCCACCGCAGAGGUCGACCUGCCCUCCGCCACGGUGACGGCCGCAGGGGAGGGCCCCGCGCUGGGCCUCAAAGCUGACGUCCCCGGCGCCAAAACCGAAGGGGCCGGCUGGAAGGUGGAGAAGCCCUCCCUCAAAAUGCCCAAAGCUGACAUCAAGGCUCCCAAGGUGGACAUCAGCCUCCCGUCCGUCGACGUCACCCUUCCAAAGGCCAGCGUCGACCUGCAGGCACCCGAGGCGGCCCUCGCCCUCGAAGGGGAAGCAAAGGCCCCAGAGAAGGAGGCCGCGAAGACCAAGGACGGCAAGUUCAAGAUGCCCAAGUUCGGCAUGCCUUCCUUUGGCUGGUCCAGCAGCAGAGAGGCCAAGGGCACCGUGGCCGCUGAUGUGGACGUCAGCCUCAAGGAGCCCCAAGUGACGGUGCCCUCGGGAGCCGCCGAAGUCGACGUGACCCUGCCCGCGGCCGACAUCCAAGCGCCCGGCGUGGAGCUGACCGUCGAGGCGGCCGCCGGAGGAGACGGCGAGAAAGGUCGAUUCAAGAUGCCCGACGUCAAGAUGCCCAGCGUCAAGCUGCCCAAAGUCAAAGCUCCCCACGUGCAGGUCAGCCUGCCAAAGGCGGAGGUCUCGCUGCCCAAAGCCCAGGCCGAAGUCCAGGAGGGCGAAGUCGCCCUGCAGGGUCCCGACGCCGAAGGCGGCCUGGAGGUGGCUGCCGGCAAAGUCGAGGGCGGUGGCAUGAAAAUACACAUGCCGAAAGUCAAGGUGCCCAGCGUGGUCUUCUCCAAGCCGACCGUCAAGGCUCCCAAACUGGACGCAGACGUCAGCCUGCACAAAGCCGACGCCAGCCUCCCAGAAGCAGACCUCAAGGCGGGCGCCGGCGCCCUCAGCAUCGCGGCCCCCGACAUCAAGCUGCCCUCCGCCGAAGGCUCCCUCGAGCUCCAGGCCCCCGAGAUAGACCUCAAAGCGCCCUCUGCCGAAGGCUCGCUUGAUGGAGCCGAGCUGGAAGCCGCGGGCCUGAAAGGGAAGUUUAAGAUGCCCAAGUUCGACAAGCCCAAAUUCGGAGUGUCGCCUCCCAAGGCGGAAGGGGUGGAAGGGGAGGUCAGCCUGCCCACCGCAGAGGUCGACCUGCCCUCCGCCACGGUGACGGCCGCAGGGGAGGGCCCCGCGCUGGGCCUCAAAGCCGACGUCCCCGGCGCCAAAACCGAAGGGGCCGGCUGGAAGGUGGAGAAGCCCUCCCUCAAAAUGCCCAAAGCUGACAUCAAGGCUCCCAAGGUGGACAUCAGCCUCCCGUCCGUCGACGUCACCCUUCCAAAGGCCAGCGUCGACCUGCAGGCGCCCGAGGCGGCCCUCGCCCUCGAAGGGGAAGCAAAGGCCCCAGAGAAGGAGGCCGCGAAGACCAAGGACGGCAAGUUCAAGAUGCCCAAGUUCGGCAUGCCUUCCUUUGGCUGGUCCAGCAGCAGAGAGGCCAAGGGCACCGUGGCCGCUGAUGUGGACGUCAGCCUCAAGGAGCCCCAAGUGACGGUGCCCUCGGGAGCCGCCGAAGUCGACGUGACCCUGCCCGCGGCCGACAUCCAAGCGCCCGGCGUGGAGCUGACCGUCGAGGCGGCCGCCGGAGGAGACGGCGAGAAAGGUCGAUUCAAGAUGCCCGACGUCAAGAUGCCCAGCGUCAAGCUGCCCAAAGUCAAAGCUCCCCACGUGCAGGUCAGCCUGCCAAAGGCGGAGGUCUCGCUGCCCAAAGCCCAGGCCGAAGUCCAGGAGGGCGAAGUCGCCCUGCAGGGCCCCGACGCCGAAGGCGGCCUGGAGGUGGCUGCCGGCAAAGUCGAGGGCGGUGGCAUGAAAAUACACAUGCCGAAAGUCAAGGUGCCCAGCGUGGUCUUCUCCAAGCCGACCGUCAAGGCUCCCAAACUGGACGCAGACGUCAGCCUGCACAAAGCCGACGCCAGCCUCCCAGAAGCAGACCUCAAGGCGGGCGCCGGCGCCCUCAGCAUCGCGGCCCCCGACAUCAAGCUGCCCUCCGCCGAAGGCUCCCUCGAGCUCCAGGCCCCCGAGAUAGACCUCAAAGCGCCCUCUGCCGAAGGCUCGCUUGAUGGAGCCGAGCUGGAAGCCGCGGGCCUGAAAGGGAAGUUUAAGAUGCCCAAGUUCGACAAGCCCAAAUUCGGAGUGUCGCCUCCCAAGGCGGAAGGGGUGGAAGGGGAGGUCAGCCUGCCCACCGCAGAGGUCGACCUGCCCUCCGCCACGGCGACGGCCGCAGGGGAGGGCCCCGCACUGGGCCUCAAAGCCGACGUCCCCGGCGCCAAAACCGAAGGGGCCAGCUGGAAGGUGGAGAAGCCCUCCCUCAAAAUGCCCAAAGCUGACAUCAAGGCUCCCAAGGUGGACAUCAGCCUCCCGUCCGUCGACGUCACCCUUCCAAAGGCCAGCGUCGACCUGCAGGCGCCCGAGGCGGCCCUCGCCCUCGAAGGGGAAGCAAAGGCCCCAGAGAAGGAGGCCGCGAAGACCAAGGACGGCAAGUUCAAGAUGCCCAAGUUCGGCAUGCCUUCCUUUGGCUGGUCCAGCAGCAGAGAGGCCAAGGGCACUGUGGCCGCUGAUGUGGACGUCAGCCUCAAGGAGCCCCAAGUGACGGUGCCCUCGGGAGCCGCCGAAGUCGACGUGACCCUGCCCGCGGCCGACAUCCAAGCGCCCGGCGUGGAGCUGACCGUCGAGGCGGCCGCCGGAGGAGACGGCGAGAAAGGUCGAUUCAAGAUGCCCGACGUCAAGAUGCCCAGCGUCAAGCUGCCCAAAGUCAAAGCUCCCCACGUGCAGGUCAGCCUGCCAAAGGCGGAGGUCUCGCUGCCCAAAGCCCAGGCCGAAGUCCAGGAGGGCGAAGUCGCCCUGCAGGGCCCCGACGCCGAAGGCGGCCUGGAGGUGGCUGCCGGCAAAGUCGAGGGCGGUGGCAUGAAAAUACACAUGCCGAAAGUCAAGGUGCCCAGCGUGGUCUUCUCCAAGCCGACCGUCAAGGCUCCCAAACUGGACGCAGACGUCAGCCUGCACAAAGCCGACGCCAGCCUCCCAGAAGCAGACCUCAAGGCGGGCGCCGGCGCCCUCAGCAUCGCGGCCCCCGACAUCAAGCUGCCCUCCGCCGAAGGCUCCCUCGAGCUCCAGGCCCCCGAGAUAGACCUCAAAGCGCCCUCUGCCGAAGGCUCGCUUGAUGGAGCCGAGCUGGAAGCCGCGGGCCUGAAAGGGAAGUUUAAGAUGCCCAAGUUCGACAAGCCCAAAUUCGGAGUGUCGCCUCCCAAGGCGGAAGGGGUGGAAGGGGAGGUCAGCCUGCCCACCGCAGAGGUCGACCUGCCCUCCGCCACGGUGACGGCCGCAGGGGAGGGCCCCGCGCUGGGCCUCAAAGCCGACGUCCCCGGCGCCAAAACCGAAGGGGCCGGCUGGAAGGUGGAGAAGCCCUCCCUCAAAAUGCCCAAAGCUGACAUCAAGGCUCCCAAGGUGGACAUCAGCCUCCCGUCCGUCGACGUCACCCUUCCAAAGGCCAGCGUCGACCUGCAGGCGCCCGAGGCGGCCCUCGCCCUCGAAGGGGAAGCAAAGGCCCCAGAGAAGGAGGCCGCGAAGACCAAGGACGGCAAGUUCAAGAUGCCCAAGUUCGGCAUGCCUUCCUUUGGCUGGUCCAGCAGCAGAGAGGCCAAGGGCACCGUGGCCGCUGAUGUGGACGUCAGCCUCAAGGAGCCCCAAGUGACGGUGCCCUCGGGAGCCGCCGAAGUCGACGUGACCCUGCCCGCGGCCGACAUCCAAGCGCCCGGCGUGGAGCUGACCGUCGAGGCGGCCGCCGGAGGAGACGGCGAGAAAGGUCGAUUCAAGAUGCCCGACGUCAAGAUGCCCAGCGUCAAGCUGCCCAAAGUCAAAGCUCCCCACGUGCAGGUCAGCCUGCCAAAGGCGGAGGUCUCGCUGCCCAAAGCCCAGGCCGAAGUCCAGGAGGGCGAAGUCGCCCUGCAGGGCCCCGACGCCGAAGGCGGCCUGGAGGUGGCUGCCGGCAAAGUCGAGGGCGGUGGCAUGAAAAUACACAUGCCGAAAGUCAAGGUGCCCAGCGUGGUCUUCUCCAAGCCGACCGUCAAGGCUCCCAAACUGGACGCAGACGUCAGCCUGCACAAAGCCGACGCCAGCCUCCCAGAAGCAGACCUCAAGGCGGGCGCCAGCGCCCUCAGCAUCGCGGCCCCCGACAUCAAGCUGCCCUCCGCCGAAGGCUCCCUCGAGCUCCAGGCCCCCAAGAUAGACCUCAAAGCGCCCUCUGCCGAAGGCUCGCUUGAUGGAGCCGAGCUGGAAGCCGCGGGCCUGAAAGGGAAGUUUAAGAUGCCCAAGUUCGACAAGCCCAAAUUCGGAGUGUCGCCUCCCAAGGCGGAAGGGGUGGAAGGGGAGGUCAGCCUGCCCACCGCAGAGGUCGACCUGCCCUCCGCCACGGUGACGGCCGCAGGGGAGGGCCCCGCGCUGGGCCUCAAAGCCGACGUCCCCGGCGCCAAAACCGAAGGGGCCGGCUGGAAGGUGGAGAAGCCCUCCCUCAAAAUGCCCAAAGCUGACAUCAAGGCUCCCAAGGUGGACAUCAGCCUCCCGUCCGUCGACGUCACCCUUCCAAAGGCCAGCGUCGACCUGCAGGCGCCCGAGGCGGCCCUCGCCCUCGAAGGGGAAGCAAAGGCCCCAGAGAAGGAGGCCGCGAAGACCAAGGACGGCAAGUUCAAGAUGCCCAAGUUCGGCAUGCCUUCCUUUGGCUGGUCCAGCAGCAGAGAGGCCAAGGGCACCGUGGCCGCUGAUGUGGACGUCAGCCUCAAGGAGCCCCAAGUGACGGUGCCCUCGGGAGCCGCCGAAGUCGACGUGACCCUGCCCGCGGCCGACAUCCAAGCGCCCGGCGUGGAGCUGACCGUCGAGGCGGCCGCCGGAGGAGACGGCGAGAAAGGUCGAUUCAAGAUGCCCGACGUCAAGAUGCCCAGCGUCAAGCUGCCCAAAGUCAAAGCUCCCCACGUGCAGGUCAGCCUGCCAAAGGCGGAGGUCUCGCUGCCCAAAGCCCAGGCCGAAGUCCAGGAGGGCGAAGUCGCCCUGCAGGGCCCCGAUGCCGAAGGCGGCCUGGAGGUGGCUGCCGGCAAAGUCGAGGGCGGUGGCAUGAAAAUACACAUGCCGAAAGUCAAGGUGCCCAGCGUGGUCUUCUCCAAGCCGACCGUCAAGGCUCCCAAACUGGACGCAGACGUCAGCCUGCACAAAGCCGACGCCAGCCUCCCAGAAGCAGACCUCAAGGCGGGCGCCGGCGCCCUCAGCAUCGCGGCCCCCGACAUCAAGCUGCCCUCCGCCGAAGGCUCCCUCGAGCUCCAGGCCCCCGAGAUAGACCUCAAAGCGCCCUCUGCCGAAGGCUCGCUUGACGGAGCCGAGCUGGAAGCCGCGGGCCUGAAAGGGAAGUUUAAGAUGCCCAAGUUCGACAAGCCCAAAUUCGGAGUGUCGCCUCCCAAGGCGGAAGGGGUGGAAGGGGAGGUCAGCCUGCCCACCGCAGAGGUCGACCUGCCCUCCGCCACGGUGACGGCCGCAGGGGAGGGCCCCGCGCUGGGCCUCAAAGCUGACGUCCCCGGCGCCAAAACCGAAGGGGCCGGCUGGAAGGUGGAGAAGCCCUCCCUCAAAAUGCCCAAAGCUGACAUCAAGGCUCCCAAGGUGGACAUCAGCCUCCCGUCCGUCGACGUCACCCUUCCAAAGGCCAGCGUCGACCUGCAGGCGCCCGAGGCGGCCCUCGCCCUCGAAGGGGAAGCAAAGGCCCCAGAGAAGGAGGCCGCGAAGACCAAGGACGGCAAGUUCAAGAUGCCCAAGUUCGGCAUGCCUUCCUUUGGCUGGUCCAGCAGCAGAGAGGCCAAGGGCACCGUGGCCGCUGAUGUGGACGUCAGCCUCAAGGAGCCCCAAGUGACGGUGCCCUCGGGAGCCGCCGAAGUCGACGUGACCCUGCCCGCGGCCGACAUCCAAGCGCCCGGCGUGGAGCUGACCGUCGAGGCGGCCGCCGGAGGAGACGGCGAGAAAGGUCGAUUCAAGAUGCCCGACGUCAAGAUGCCCAGCGUCAAGCUGCCCAAAGUCAAAGCUCCCCACGUGCAGGUCAGCCUGCCAAAGGCGGAGGUCUCGCUGCCCAAAGCCCAGGCCGAAGUCCAGGAGGGCGAAGUCGCCCUGCAGGGCCCCGACGCCGAAGGCGGCCUGGAGGUGGCUGCCGGCAAAGUCGAGGGCGGUGGCAUGAAAAUACACAUGCCGAAAGUCAAGGUGCCCAGCGUGGUCUUCUCCAAGCCGACCGUCAAGGCUCCCAAACUGGACGCAGACGUCAGCCUGCACAAAGCCGACGCCAGCCUCCCAGAAGCAGACCUCAAGGCGGGCGCCGGCGCCCUCAGCAUCGCGGCCCCCGACAUCAAGCUGCCCUCCGCCGAAGGCUCCCUCGAGCUCCAGGCCCCCGAGAUAGACCUCAAAGCGCCCUCUGCCGAAGGCUCGCUUGACGGAGCCGAGCUGGAAGCCGCGGGCCUGAAAGGGAAGUUUAAGAUGCCCAAGUUCGACAAGCCCAAAUUCGGAGUGUCGCCUCCCAAGGCGGAAGGGGUGGAAGGGGAGGUCAGCCUGCCCACCGCAGAGGUCGACCUGCCCUCCGCCACGGUGACGGCCGCAGGGGAGGGCCCCGCGCUGGGCCUCAAAGCUGACGUCCCCGGCGCCAAAACCGAAGGGGCCGGCUGGAAGGUGGAGAAGCCCUCCCUCAAAAUGCCCAAAGCUGACAUCAAGGCUCCCAAGGUGGACAUCAGCCUCCCGUCCGUCGACGUCACCCUUCCAAAGGCCAGCGUCGACCUGCAGGCGCCCGAGGCGGCCCUCGCCCUCGAAGGGGAAGCAAAGGCCCCAGAGAAGGAGGCCGCGAAGACCAAGGACGGCAAGUUCAAGAUGCCCAAGUUCGGCAUGCCUUCCUUUGGCUGGUCCAGCAGCAGAGAGGCCAAGGGCACCGUGGCCGCUGAUGUGGACGUCAGCCUCAAGGAGCCCCAAGUGACGGUGCCCUCGGGAGCCGCCGAAGUCGACGUGACCCUGCCCGCGGCCGACAUCCAAGCGCCCGGCGUGGAGCUGACCGUCGAGGCGGCCGCCGGAGGAGACGGCGAGAAAGGUCGAUUCAAGAUGCCCGACGUCAAGAUGCCCAGCGUCAAGCUGCCCAAAGUCAAAGCUCCCCACGUGCAGGUCAGCCUGCCAAAGGCGGAGGUCUCGCUGCCCAAAGCCCAGGCCGAAGUCCAGGAGGGCGAAGUUGCCCUGCAGGGUCCCGACGCCGAAGGCGGCCUGGAGGUGGCUGCCGGCAAAGUCGAGGGCGGUGGCAUGAAAAUACACAUGCCGAAAGUCAAGGUGCCCAGCGUGGUCUUCUCCAAGCCGACCGUCAAGGCUCCCAAACUGGACGCAGACGUCAGCCUGCACAAAGCCGACGCCAGCCUCCCAGAAGCAGACCUCAAGGCGGGCGCCGGCGCCCUCAGCAUCGCGGCCCCCGACAUCAAGCUGCCCUCCGUCGAAGGCUCCCUCGAGCUCCAGGCCCCCGAGAUAGACCUCAAAGCGCCCUCUGCCGAAGGCUCGCUUGACGGAGCCGAGCUGGAAGCCGCGGGCCUGAAAGGGAAGUUUAAGAUGCCCAAGUUCGACAAGCCCAAAUUCGGAGUGUCGCCUCCCAAGGCGGAAGGGGUGGAAGGGGAGGUCAGCCUGCCCACCGCAGAGGUCGACCUGCCCUCCGCCACGGUGACGGCCGCAGGGGAGGGCCCCGCGCUGGGCCUCAAAGCUGACGUCCCCGGCGCCAAAACCGAAGGGGCCGGCUGGAAGGUGGAGAAGCCCUCCCUCAAAAUGCCCAAAGCUGACAUCAAGGCUCCCAAGGUGGACAUCAGCCUCCCGUCCGUCGACGUCACCCUUCCAAAGGCCAGCGUCGACCUGCAGGCGCCCGAGGCGGCCCUCGCCCUCGAAGGGGAAGCAAAGGCCCCAGAGAAGGAGGCCGCGAAGACCAAGGACGGCAAGUUCAAGAUGCCCAAGUUCGGCAUGCCUUCCUUUGGCUGGUCCAGCAGCAGAGAGGCCAAGGGCACCGUGGCCGCUGAUGUGGACGUCAGCCUCAAGGAGCCCCAAGUGACGGUGCCCUCGGGAGCCGCCGAAGUCGACGUGACCCUGCCCGCGGCCGACAUCCAAGCACCCGGCGUGGAGCUGACCGUCGAGGCGGCCGCUGGAGGAGACGGCGAGAAAGGUCGAUUCAAGAUGCCCGACGUCAAGAUGCCCAGCGUCAAGCUGCCCAAAGUCAAAGCUCCCCACGUGCAGGUCAGCCUGCCAAAGGCGGAGGUCUCGCUGCCCAAAGCCCAGGCCGAAGUCCAGGAGGGCGAAGUCGCCCUGCAGGGUCCCGACGCCGAAGGCGGCCUGGAGGUGGCUGCCGGCAAAGUCGAGGGCGGUGGCAUGAAAAUACACAUGCCGAAAGUCAAGGUGCCCAGCGUGGUCUUCUCCAAGCCGACCGUCAAGGCUCCCAAACUGGACGCAGACGUCAGCCUGCACAAAGCCGAUGCCAGCCUCCCAGAAGCAGACCUCAAGGCGGGCGCCGGCGCCCUCAGCAUCGCGGCCCCCGACAUCAAGCUGCCCUCCGCCGAAGGCUCCCUCGAGCUCCAGGCCCCCGAGAUAGACCUCAAAGCGCCCUCUGCCGAAGGCUCGCUUGAUGGAGCCGAGCUGGAAGCCGCGGGCCUGAAAGGGAAGUUUAAGAUGCCCAAGUUCGACAAGCCCAAAUUCGGAGUGUCGCCUCCCAAGGCGGAAGGGGUGGAAGGGGAGGUCAGCCUGCCCACCGCAGAGGUCGACCUGCCCUCCGCCACGGUGACGGCCGCAGGGGAGGGCCCCGCGCUGGGCCUCAAAGCCGACGUCCCCGGCGCCAAAACCGAAGGGGCCGGCUGGAAGGUGGAGAAGCCCUCCCUCAAAAUGCCCAAAGCUGACAUCAAGGCUCCCAAGGUGGACAUCAGCCUCCCGUCCGUCGACGUCACCCUUCCAAAGGCCAGCGUCGACCUGCAGGCGCCCGAGGCGGCCCUCGCCCUCGAAGGGGAAGCAAAGGCCCCAGAGAAGGAGGCCGCGAAGACCAAGGACGGCAAGUUCAAGAUGCCCAAGUUCGGCAUGCCUUCCUUUGGCUGGUCCAGCAGCAGAGAGGCCAAGGGCACUGUGGCCGCUGAUGUGGACGUCAGCCUCAAGGAGCCCCAAGUGACGGUGCCCUCGGGAGCCGCCGAAGUCGACGUGACCCUGCCCGCGGCCGACAUCCAAGCGCCCGGCGUGGAGCUGACCGUCGAGGCGGCCGCCGGAGGAGACGGCGAGAAAGGUCGAUUCAAGAUGCCCGACGUCAAGAUGCCCAGCGUCAAGCUGCCCAAAGUCAAAGCUCCCCACGUGCAGGUCAGCCUGCCAAAGGCGGAGGUCUCGCUGCCCAAAGCCCAGGCCGAAGUCCAGGAGGGCGAAGUCGCCCUGCAGGGUCCCGACGCCGAAGGCGGCCUGGAGGUGGCUGCCGGCAAAGUCGAGGGCGGUGGCAUGAAAAUACACAUGCCGAAAGUCAAGGUGCCCAGCGUGGUCUUCUCCAAGCCGACCGUCAAGGCUCCCAAACUGGACGCAGACGUCAGCCUGCACAAAGCCGACGCCAGCCUCCCAGAAGCAGACCUCAAGGCGGGCGCCGGCGCCCUCAGCAUCGCGGCCCCCGACAUCAAGCUGCCCUCCGUCGAAGGCUCCCUCGAGCUCCAGGCCCCCGAGAUAGACCUCAAAGCGCCCUCUGCCGAAGGCUCGCUUGACGGAGCCGAGCUGGAAGCCGCGGGCCUGAAAGGGAAGUUUAAGAUGCCCAAGUUCGACAAGCCCAAAUUCGGAGUGUCGCCUCCCAAGGCGGAAGGGGUGGAAGGGGAGGUCAGCCUGCCCACCGCAGAGGUCGACCUGCCCUCCGCCACGGUGACGGCCGCAGGGGAGGGCCCCGCGCUGGGCCUCAAAGCCGACGUCCCCGGCGCCAAAACCGAAGGGGCCGGCUGGAAGGUGGAGAAGCCCUCCCUCAAAAUGCCCAAAGCUGACAUCAAGGCUCCCAAGGUGGACAUCAGCCUCCCGUCCGUCGACGUCACCCUUCCAAAGGCCAGCGUCGACCUGCAGGCACCCGAGGCGGCCCUCGCCCUCGAAGGGGAAGCAAAGGCCCCAGAGAAGGAGGCCGCGAAGACCAAGGACGGCAAGUUCAAGAUGCCCAAGUUCGGCAUGCCUUCCUUUGGCUGGUCCAGCAGCAGAGAGGCCAAGGGCACCGUGGCCGCUGAUGUGGACGUCAGCCUCAAGGAGCCCCAAGUGACGGUGCCCUCGGGAGCCGCCGAAGUCGACGUGACCCUGCCCGCGGCCGACAUCCAAGCACCCGGCGUGGAGCUGACCGUCGAGGCGGCCGCUGGAGGAGACGGCGAGAAAGGUCAAUUCAAGAUGCCCGACGUCAAGAUGCCCAGCGUCAAGCUGCCCAAAGUCAAAGCUCCCCACGUGCAGGUCAGCCUGCCAAAGGCGGAGGUCUCGCUGCCCAAAGCCCAGGCCGAAGUCCAGGAGGGCGAAGUCGCCCUGCAGGGUCCCGACGCCGAAGGCGGCCUGGAGGUGGCUGCCGGCAAAGUCGAGGGCGGUGGCAUGAAAAUACACAUGCCGAAAGUCAAGGUGCCCAGCGUGGUCUUCUCCAAGCCGACCGUCAAGGCUCCCAAACUGGACGCAGACGUCAGCCUGCACAAAGCCGAUGCCAGCCUCCCAGAAGCAGACCUCAAGGCGGGCGCCGGCGCCCUCAGCAUCGCGGCCCCCGACAUCAAGCUGCCCUCCGCCGAAGGCUCCCUCGAGCUCCAGGCCCCCGAGAUAGACCUCAAAGCGCCCUCUGCCGAAGGCUCGCUUGAUGGAGCCGAGCUGGAAGCCGCGGGCCUGAAAGGGAAGUUUAAGAUGCCCAAGUUCGACAAGCCCAAAUUCGGAGUGUCGCCUCCCAAGGCGGAAGGGGUGGAAGGGGAGGUCAGCCUGCCCACCGCAGAGGUCGACCUGCCCUCCGCCACGGUGACGGCCGCAGGGGAGGGCCCCGCGCUGGGCCUCAAAGCCGACGUCCCCGGCGCCAAAACCGAAGGGGCCGGCUGGAAGGUGGAGAAGCCCUCCCUCAAAAUGCCCAAAGCUGACAUCAAGGCUCCCAAGGUGGACAUCAGCCUCCCGUCCGUCGACGUCACCCUUCCAAAGGCCAGCGUCGACCUGCAGGCGCCCGAGGCGGCCCUCGCCCUCGAAGGGGAAGCAAAGGCCCCAGAGAAGGAGGCCGCGAAGACCAAGGACGGCAAGUUCAAGAUGCCCAAGUUCGGCAUGCCUUCCUUUGGCUGGUCCAGCAGCAGAGAGGCCAAGGGCACUGUGGCCGCUGAUGUGGACGUCAGCCUCAAGGAGCCCCAAGUGACGGUGCCCUCGGGAGCCGCCGAAGUCGACGUGACCCUGCCCGCGGCCGACAUCCAAGCGCCCGGCGUGGAGCUGACCGUCGAGGCGGCCGCCGGAGGAGACGGCGAGAAAGGUCGAUUCAAGAUGCCCGACGUCAAGAUGCCCAGCGUCAAGCUGCCCAAAGUCAAAGCUCCCCACGUGCAGGUCAGCCUGCCAAAGGCGGAGGUCUCGCUGCCCAAAGCCCAGGCCGAAGUCCAGGAGGGCGAAGUCGCCCUGCAGGGUCCCGACGCCGAAGGCGGCCUGGAGGUGGCUGCCGGCAAAGUCGAGGGCGGUGGCAUGAAAAUACACAUGCCGAAAGUCAAGGUGCCCAGCGUGGUCUUCUCCAAGCCGACCGUCAAGGCUCCCAAACUGGACGCAGACGUCAGCCUGCACAAAGCCGACGCCAGCCUCCCAGAAGCAGACCUCAAGGCGGGCGCCGGCGCCCUCAGCAUCGCGGCCCCCGACAUCAAGCUGCCCUCCGUCGAAGGCUCCCUCGAGCUCCAGGCCCCCGAGAUAGACCUCAAAGCGCCCUCUGCCGAAGGCUCGCUUGACGGAGCCGAGCUGGAAGCCGCGGGCCUGAAAGGGAAGUUUAAGAUGCCCAAGUUCGACAAGCCCAAAUUCGGAGUGUCGCCUCCCAAGGCGGAAGGGGUGGAAGGGGAGGUCAGCCUGCCCACCGCAGAGGUCGACCUGCCCUCCGCCACGGUGACGGCCGCAGGGGAGGGCCCCGCGCUGGGCCUCAAAGCUGACGUCCCCGGCGCCAAAACCGAAGGGGCCGGCUGGAAGGUGGAGAAGCCCUCCCUCAAAAUGCCCAAAGCUGACAUCAAGGCUCCCAAGGUGGACAUCAGCCUCCCGUCCGUCGACGUCACCCUUCCAAAGGCCAGCGUCGACCUGCAGGCACCCGAGGCGGCCCUCGCCCUCGAAGGGGAAGCAAAGGCCCCAGAGAAGGAGGCCGCGAAGACCAAGGACGGCAAGUUCAAGAUGCCCAAGUUCGGCAUGCCUUCCUUUGGCUGGUCCAGCAGCAGAGAGGCCAAGGGCACCGUGGCCGCUGAUGUGGACGUCAGCCUCAAGGAGCCCCAAGUGACGGUGCCCUCGGGAGCCGCCGAAGUCGACGUGACCCUGCCCGCGGCCGACAUCCAAGCGCCCGGCGUGGAGCUGACCGUCGAGGCGGCCGCCGGAGGAGACGGCGAGAAAGGUCGAUUCAAGAUGCCCGACGUCAAGAUGCCCAGCGUCAAGCUGCCCAAAGUCAAAGCUCCCCACGUGCAGGUCAGCCUGCCAAAGGCAGAGGUCUCGCUGCCCAAAGCCCAGGCCGAAGUCCAGGAGGGCGAAGUCGCCCUGCAGGGUCCCGACGCCGAAGGCGGCCUGGAGGUGGCUGCCGGCAAAGUCGAGGGCGGUGGCAUGAAAAUACGCAUGCCGAAAGUCAAGGUGCCCAGCGUGGUCUUCUCCAAGCCGACCGUCAAGGCUCCCAAACUGGACGCAGACGUCAGCCUGCACAAAGCCGACGCCAGCCUCCCAGAAGCAGACCUCAAGGCGGGCGCCGGCGCCCUCAGCAUCGCGGCCCCCGACAUCAAGCUGCCCUCCGCCGAAGGCUCCCUCGAGCUCCAGGCCCCCGAGAUAGACCUCAAAGCGCCCUCUGCCGAAGGCUCGCUUGAUGGAGCCGAGCUGGAAGCCGCGGGCCUGAAAGGGAAGUUUAAGAUGCCCAAGUUCGACAAGCCCAAAUUCGGAGUGUCGCCUCCCAAGGCGGAAGGGGUGGAAGGGGAGGUCAGCCUGCCCACCGCAGAGGUCGACCUGCCCUCCGCCACGGUGACGGCCGCAGGGGAGGGCCCCGCGCUGGGCCUCAAAGCCGACGUCCCCGGCGCCAAAACCGAAGGGGCCGGCUGGAAGGUGGAGAAGCCCUCCCUCAAAAUGCCCAAAGCUGACAUCAAGGCUCCCAAGGUGGACAUCAGCCUCCCGUCCGUCGACGUCACCCUUCCAAAGGCCAGCGUCGACCUGCAGGCGCCCGAGGCGGCCCUCGCCCUCGAAGGGGAAGCAAAGGCCCCAGAGAAGGAGGCCGCGAAGACCAAGGACGGCAAGUUCAAGAUGCCCAAGUUCGGCAUGCCUUCCUUUGGCUGGUCCAGCAGCAGAGAGGCCAAGGGCACUGUGGCCGCUGAUGUGGACGUCAGCCUCAAGGAGCCCCAAGUGACGGUGCCCUCGGGAGCCGCCGAAGUCGACGUGACCCUGCCCGCGGCCGACAUCCAAGCGCCCGGCGUGGAGCUGACCGUCGAGGCGGCCGCCGGAGGAGACGGCGAGAAAGGUCGAUUCAAGAUGCCCGACGUCAAGAUGCCCAGCGUCAAGCUGCCCAAAGUCAAAGCUCCCCACGUGCAGGUCAGCCUGCCAAAGGCGGAGGUCUCGCUGCCCAAAGCCCAGGCCGAAGUCCAGGAGGGCGAAGUCGCCCUGCAGGGUCCCGACGCCGAAGGCGGCCUGGAGGUGGCUGCCGGCAAAGUCGAGGGCGGUGGCAUGAAAAUACACAUGCCGAAAGUCAAGGUGCCCAGCGUGGUCUUCUCCAAGCCGACCGUCAAGGCUCCCAAACUGGACGCAGACGUCAGCCUGCACAAAGCCGACGCCAGCCUCCCAGAAGCAGACCUCAAGGCGGGCGCCGGCGCCCUCAGCAUCGCGGCCCCCGACAUCAAGCUGCCCUCCGCCGAAGGCUCCCUCGAGCUCCAGGCCCCCGAGAUAGACCUCAAAGCGCCCUCUGCCGAAGGUUCGCUUGAUGGAGCCGAGCUGGAAGCUGCGGGCCUGAAAGGGAAGUUUAAGAUGCCCAAGUUCGACAAGCCCAAAUUCGGAGUGUCGCCUCCCAAGGCGGAAGGGGUGGAAGGGGAGGUCAGCCUGCCCACCGCAGAGGUCGACCUGCCCUCCGCCACGGUGACGGCCGCAGGGGAGGGCCCCGCGCUGGGCCUCAAAGCUGACGUCCCCGGCGCCAAAACCGAAGGGGCCGGCUGGAAGGUGGAGAAGCCCUCCCUCAAAAUGCCCAAAGCUGACAUCAAGGCUCCCAAGGUGGACAUCAGCCUCCCGUCCGUCGACGUCACCCUUCCAAAGGCUAGCGUCAACCUGCAGGCGCCCGAGGCGGCCCUCGCCCUCGAAGGGGAAGCAAAGGCCCCAGAGAAGGAGGCCGCGAAGACCAAGGACGGCAAGUUCAAGAUGCCCAAGUUCGGCAUGCCUUCCUUUGGCUGGUCCAGCAGCAGAGAGGCCAAGGGCACCGUGGCUGCUGAUGUGGACGUCAGCCUCAAGGAGCCCCAAGUGACGGUGCCCUCGGGAGCCGCCGAAGUCGACGUGACCCUGCCCGCGGCCGACAUCCAAGCACCCGGCGUGGAGCUGACCGUCGAGGCGGCCGCCGGAGGAGACGGCGAGAAAGGUCGAUUCAAGAUGCCCGACGUCAAGAUGCCCAGCGUCAAGCUGCCCAAAGUCAAAGCUCCCCACGUGCAGGUCAGCCUGCCAAAGGCGGAGGUCUCGCUGCCCAAAGCCCAGGCCGAAGUCCAGGAGGGCGAAGUCGCCCUGCAGGGUCCCGACGCCGAAGGCGGCCUGGAGGUGGCUGCCGGCAAAGUCGAGGGCGGUGGCAUGAAAAUACACAUGCCGAAAGUCAAGGUGCCCAGCGUGGUCUUCUCCAAGCCGACCGUCAAGGCUCCCAAACUGGACGCAGACGUCAGCCUGCACAAAGCCGACGCCAGCCUCCCAGAAGCAGACCUCAAGGCGGGCGCCGGCGCCCUCAGCAUCGCGGCCCCCGACAUCAAGCUGCCCUCCGUCGAAGGCUCCCUCGAGCUCCAGGCCCCCGAGAUAGACCUCAAAGCGCCCUCUGCCGAAGGCUCGCUUGAUGGAGCCGAGCUGGAAGCCGCGGGCCUGAAAGGGAAGUUUAAGAUGCCCAAGUUCGACAAGCCCAAAUUCGGAGUGUCGCCUCCCAAGGCGGAAGGGGUGGAAGGGGAGGUCAGCCUGCCCACCGCAGAGGUCGACCUGCCCUCCGCCACGGUGACGGCCGCAGGGGAGGGCCCCGCGCUGGGCCUCAAAGCCGACGUCCCCGGCGCCAAAACCGAAGGGGCCGGCUGGAAGGUGGAGAAGCCCUCCCUCAAAAUGCCCAAAGCUGACAUCAAGGCUCCCAAGGUGGACAUCAGCCUCCCGUCCGUCGACGUCACCCUUCCAAAGGCCAGCGUCGACCUGCAGGCGCCCGAGGCGGCCCUCGCCCUCGAAGGGGAAGCAAAGGCCCCAGAGAAGGAGGCCGCGAAGACCAAGGACGGCAAGUUCAAGAUGCCCAAGUUCGGCAUGCCUUCCUUUGGCUGGUCCAGCAGCAGAGAGGCCAAGGGCACCGUGGCCGCUGAUGUGGACGUCAGCCUCAAGGAGCCCCAAGUGACGGUGCCCUCGGGAGCCGCCGAAGUCGACGUGACCCUGCCCGCGGCCGACAUCCGGGUGCCUGCUUUUGAUGUUGUUACAGAAUCCUCCUCUGUUAAAGAGGAUGAGGUGGGUAAAGGUAAAAGUUCUCUUUUUCGAAUUCCUAAGGUUUCCCUUUCUAAAAGUUCUAAACCUCUGCCACAGGGUAAGUCUGGAGUUCAACCUUCUUUUUCAGAAGGUCUUUGUUAUGUUGUAACAGAGGAAACUCCUGAUGUUCUUUCAGGCAGUGUCGGAUCUAAACUUCUUGACAGUAGAGGAGAUAGUGUCUCUAAAAAUAUUAAAAUGAGAAUCCCUAACUUGGGUUUCUUCAAAGUUGAUAUUGGUUGUUCUAAUAUUGAACAGGAUUCCCAAUUACCAAAAGGGGAUAUUACUCUUACUAAAUAUGAAAUGCAUCUAGCAGAAUCUGAAUCAAAAAUACCAUGUGUUGCUGAUGAGAAUCUUUCAGUAACAGAUUUUGAAAUUUUAAAUGAAGAUGUUUCUUUGGAGGAAGGAAGCGUGAAGCCAGUAGGGAAAACACCAGCUGCUGAAAUAUAUGUGGGUGACACAGAGUUUACAGUUAAAAUUCCUAAAUUCCGAAAACCAAAAUUUGGAAUUUCUUGGUCUAAGGGAAAACUAUCAGAAAGUGAGGCUGGCUCCAAUGUGGAAUCUGAAAUUUCCAAGGGAAGGAUAACAUCUGAUAUGACUGAUACUGCUAUUGAAAAACCAACAGAGAUCUCUGAUGGCGAGUUAAGUGUAAAGAUGCACAAGCCUUCACCUGAAGUUGUUCUGGAUUCACAAAUGUUGGAUGUCAGUCUCCCAUCAAUGGAAGUUACCAUGCCAAAAUUAGAAGUGGAAAUCCAUGGCCCAGAUUUAGAGUGCAAGGCAGAACAGGAAGUAGUUUCAGGAGAGAAGGUCACUGAGGAGAAAGAAAACAAAUUUAAAACAUCAAAAUUCAAAUUGCCUUCAUUUAGUUGGUCACCAAAGAAAGAAGCUAUUGCUCCUUCUGAAGUUGAGGGACAUCUGGAAGAAUCCACUUUGUCUACUUUAUGUGGAGACACAGAAUCUGAAUUAACAUUUCCUACCCCUGAGGGUGAUGUACAAUUAAAAAUUGAAGGUCCUGAAGGGAAACCAAAAAUGUCUAAAUUCCAGAUGCCAAAACCUGGAAUUGCACAUUCUAAAGGGAAAGGGACAGAAAAGGAAGUCAGCCAAUCCAAAUCAGAAGUCAAGGUUCCCCAACUGAAAUCAAUGGUAGAAAUAGGUGAUAUUGCUGUUGAAGCACCAAAUUUGGAGGUGGAAUGUGGUACAGGAACAGAAACUUACAGCCCUAAAGUCAAAAUGACCAGAGCUGACAUUAAGGCAUCAGAGACUGAUGUUCACCUCCCAUCAACUGAUAUUUCUAUUCUAAAAACAGACCGUGAUAUUCAGGAUUCAGAUGCAGCACUAAGAAUCAAAGGGGAGAUAAAGCAAGAUGGAGAUGGAGAAGAGAAAGAAGGACAUUUCAAAAUACCAAAAUUCAAACUUCCAUCCUUCAGUUGGUCACCAAAGAAGGAAGCAAGUGUUAAACCAGAUUCUGGAGCAACUUUGGAAGAUCAUAAACAUGCUGUGAUGUCAAGCAGAAUAGACACAGAAGUGAAAGGAACUGCAAGUGAUGACCAAGGUACUGGGCCAGACCUUGAUCUGGAAAUAUCUGCAGGAAAAGUUGAACAAAAAAGUCCAGUUAAAAAACCUCAAUUUGUCAUGCCUAAAAUUUCACUCUCUAAGAUCAAGGUUCCCAAAUCUCAGACUCAUUCACCAAAAGUUGAAGCUGAUGCUACUAUUCCUAAAACAGAAAGAGAGGGUGAUGAUUCAAUACAGAUACCAGAUAUAGAAAAAAGUCAUUCCGAAAGGACAGAAGAAGGGUCACAAAUAAGCAUAAAACUGGCUGAUGUUAAGACCCCCAGUCUGGAGUUUUCCACAAUAGAAAGUGGAGCCUCCAAAACUGAAAUGGGAGUCAGCUCAGCAAAGGUUGAUGCUGCUCUGCCUCCCUCAGAGGAGAGUUUUACACAGGUUGUCCUAAAAUCAAGUUAUACUGAUGAAGAUACCAUUCAAAAAACAGGUAUGAAGUUCCCCAGAGGAGAAGCUUCAGUUGAACUGAGGAGCCCUGAAAUAGUAACAGAAAGAUCAUCAGUUGUGGGUGGAAGAAAGAUGAAAUUGGAAGGUCCUGAAGGGAAGAUUAAAAUGCCCAAAUUCCAGAAGCCAAAGUUUGGAAUCUCCCUAGCAAAAGAGAAGGGCCCAGAGGCAGAGAUUAGCUCUCCAAAAACAGAAGCUGAGCUCCCCCAGCUAAAAUUGACAAACGAAAUUGCUGACAGUGCUGUGGGACUUCCAGCAUCAGAACUUACAUCUGAUAUGUCAGAACAUGGAGUUUGUAAGGUAAAAACACUGCAUGUUCUGACAGCUGGCAUUGAAGCUCCAAAGGUAGACAUAAGCCCCCAGUCAGUGUCUAAACAAAUUACAGAGGAAGCUAUUGAGAGCCUUGAGGAGAAAGAAAUCAAAUUAAAAGAAGAACAUCAGAUAAAAGCUGAAGUUCAGACUGAAGAACAUCAAGGAUGGUUUAAAAUGCCAAAAUUCAGAAUACCUGCAUUUGGCAGGACAUCCUUAAAGGAAAAAAAAGGUGAUGCUGAUACUGAAAGAAGUAUGGAAAAAGCUCAGGCAAGCAUUGCCUCUGCCAGAGUACAAACUGAAACAUGUAUUCCUGAAAAUACCGUCUCAUUACCACCUGCAGUUGCUGAAAUUACUAUUGGAAAAGAAGGGAUUCCAAAAUUAGGAGAUUCUGUGAAGAGUUCUGAUGUUAGCUUGUCAAAGAUGGAAAGAGAUAUUUCAUUAUCCACAGAAAGAACAGAUAGUAGAGUGAAUAUUCCAAAAACUGAAACUUAUGCAGAUGUAGUUAAGCGCAGUGCUGAAGGACAAAAAAUGCAUACUUCAGAAUUCAUAGUGUCUUCAGCAGAAUUGUCUAAAUCGUAUCUAAGUGCUUCAGAAAUUGACGAAGACAACAGUUUAACAAAUAGGUUUCCUACCUGUGCUCUGACUCUUCAAGAGCAUAAAGUCAAAUCACAGGAUAUGGAAGUCCCAAAGGUAGAAAUCUCCACUAAGUUAGAGACUUCAGGAGUAGGAUGUAAACCAUCAUCAGCUGAAAUUAUUCGGGAUGCAACAGAGAAGAAAACAGAUGUUAGCCUUCCAAAGGAAGAGCUAGAUAUUCAAAAUCAAGAGGCAGUAAUUAAAAAAGGAAAGAUAAGGGGUGGGAUGAAAAUUAUAGGAAAAGACAGUGAAGAAAGAAAAUUAGAAAGGGCUACGUGUGAAUGGUCUACAACAGAGGGCUCAGAAGAUGGUGUUUAUGUUACAGCUAAGCUGGAAGAUGUAAAGGUAGAAGUUCCAGGAGUAAAGAUGGAUGUUAAAAUUGCCAGAGUAGAUCCUGAAAUGAAAUUUCAAGUGAAAAGUGUUGAAAAGGACAUGUCUGCAGGAGUCGAAGUGCAAGUAGAAGACAGAGCAGAAACAAGUAAAAUUAAAACAUACAAGUUUAAGAUUCCAGAGUUUGGAUUGUUGCAUUCAGAAGUGAAGGGUUUUGAAGAUGAUAUAAAUUUGCCAAAAUCAGAAGCUGAUUCAGUAUUUAAAACUGAAAUAGACACAGCAGAGAUGCAGUUUCAAAAACCAGAAGAAUCUAUUGGCCAGGAAAGUCCAGCUCUAGAUCAUAUGGAAGCAUCUGCCAGAAUAACAGUGGAAACAGUGGACAGAUCACAAGGUGGCCCAGAAGUAAAUAUAAAAAUUCCCAAACUAAAAAUACCAAGAUUUGCUUUCAAAGCUCUCCCAACUGAUGCUGAUGUUUCAGUGUCAAAAGUGGUAGCAGGUCCAAAAGGAUCUAGUACUGACUUUGAAGUAGUGCAACUGCAAGCAAGCUCUGCUAUCCAUGAAGAAACACCAGGGGCUCUAGUGGGUAGUAUUCAAAAAGCAAAAAGCAAAAUUCUAACACUGACUGAACCUGACAUUAAAACAGCACAGGUGACUGCUACCAUAGAGUCCUCCCUUUCAAAUGCAGGGCAAGACAUUCAUUGGUCGUAUGUAGAGGGCCAAGAAGUGAGUGAGAAAGUAGAACCUGAACAUGUUGCUAUUGAAAGGUGUGAGAUUUACACUACUGAAAUACUGAAAGAAUCAGAGAUUCUCUCAUCAGAAGUCAAAACUGCUACUUUGGGGUUCUCACUGCUCAAGGUGAAGUUGCCUGAAUCACACAGCAACUUAGAGGUGCUAGUCCAGCAGCCAUCUUCAACAGAAGGUGUCUCAGUGAGCAAACCUAAAUGUGCUGAUGAAAGCUUUGGAGUGACAGCGCAGGGGACUGACAGCGCUGAGCUUAAACUGUCUGACAAACCACUCAGUGAGACUGAAGAAUCUAGUGGAGAAGUAAGUUUGUCAAAGUUAAAAACAUUUGCUGUUGAAGUAAAGCCUUCCAGUAAACUUGAAGAGGGUCUUCCUGAUAAGUCACCAGAGGGAAUAACUGCAGGUCCUCUCUGUAAAGAUGAGGAUGUAGCUGAAGCAAUAGAAGAUGAAGAGAAAGACAUCACCAAUGAAAAAGAAAAGACCGAUAGUAAAAGAUCUCCUGGGAGAUUCAAAUUUUGGCUUCCAAGUAUUGGCUCUUCAUCUUCUGGAGAUGAAACAAGAACAGAUUCAAAAACAGAAGUAAAAAAAUCAGUUCCAGAAGAUGUGAAACCUGCUGAUACAUCAGAUAAUGAUUCUUCUAAGCAAACCGAAAAAACUGGAUGGUUUAGAUUUCCCAAGCUUGGUUUCACAUCUCCUUCCAAAAAGGCUAAAACUCUUGACAAAGAAGAGUUGGAUCAUAAAGAGGAAAGAAUCUCAGAUGAAGACAGCCCAUCAGAUAAACCUGAUGUGUUUUUUGAUGCACAAGAAAGCUUAUCACCUAAAGAAACAACAGAGAGUGAAAAAGCUGAAAUUGAUGGGGCCUCAUCUAAUGUUCCCGUUUCUCGAACUAUUGUGACAUCUUCAGCAAGAACUGAACUAAUCUUGUUGGAAGAAGGAAAAGAGAGCCAGUCUAAUAUUCCUGGAGAUACAACCAAAUGAAGAUUGUCUUUUCUGAACCCUCAAUGAAAAUAAAAUAAUCUACAUGUACAGAAGAGUGUUUUCUCAAUUUUCUAGUAAUUGAAAACUAAACAAAACCCAAGGCUGAUAUUCAUGAAAACAGUUGAAGAGAAUUUACCACAUUUAAAUUUUCAAGUGCAGGGAUAUGCUAUACUGCACACUAAUAAAAAUACUGUGGUUUUUUUUUUUCAAAUCUUCCCCAAAGGCAACAAUUACUACAGGUACAAAAGAGCCCAUAGUCUUAGCAAAAUCUGAAAUGAUACCUGAACCAUGAAAGUAAACCACUGAAAGGCUCAAUUAUAGCAAAAGGACUUGGUAAAUAAGCUUCUCAAAACCACACUGAUUAUGUCUAGAUUAUAGAUUAUUUCCAGAAUGGAGUAUAAACUAGUACUAUGAGAACUAUACUUACCUGUUUAGAUUUUUGACCUUUCUGACCUACUUUUGCUUUCUUAUUAAAAUACUAUUCUUUACUUCAGCUAAGGUAAUACGUAUAUUCCACAAAACAUUUUAAAAUGCAACAUAAAAACAAGAUACUAGUGUAGAGAGACUAAUGCUUUACCUCUUCCUCUCUUCCCAUUUUUUGAUUAUUGUGGUGGGUCAUAUUUAGCCUUAAAAAAUUAAAAAAAGAAAACCAACAGAAUAAAUUAAAGAACAAAACCAUAUAACUAAUUCACAUUUUUAGGAUACCAAAUUAAAACAUGCUGACAAAGAAUAAUUACUAAAAUGUGGACAAAUACAUUUUAAUGUAUAUAUUUACUGGAUAGUUAAAUGUAGAGAAUGAUCUGCCACACUGGUGGAAUUGCUUCAGAGAUUUUCUGGGAAAGGAGAUGUAUAUAAUUGUUUGUCUCUUUGUUUAUAUUAAUGCUUCUCAAGUGCACAAUGAAAACCUGAGUGCAUAUGUGACAGCCUUCACAUGUAUCAUUAAAACACUGUCUAUAUUCUUAAUUCACAAUAAACUCACCAUAUGAAUAAUAA